GUUAAGUCCAGGAAAAAAAGCGUGAGAGAUCGAGAGUGGAGGAAAAACUGUGGAAGGGUGCAAGAGAAAGUGAGGCAGUGAACGAAGGAAGAGAACUGCCAAAAAAGGCUUCAGGGAGGAGGAAUAUUCUUGAUUUGUGCAGAACAGCCAUGGAAACUUUAUAUGAGGACAGUGAAGAUGAACGUAAGGAGAAACAAGGUUGUUUUGAAUGCUGCAUUAAAUGUCUUGGUGGCGUGCCGUACGCGUCACUGCUGGCUACCAUCCUGUGCUUCUCGGGUGUGGCGCUCUUUUGCGGCUGUGGGCAUGUCGCCCUGACGGGCACCAUCACCAUCCUGGAGAACCACUUUUCUAAGAUCACCACAGAUCACGCAAUGCUUACUGACAUAAUCCAGCUGAUGCAGUAUGUUAUAUACGGUAUUGCCUCUUUCUUCUUCCUGUAUGGGAUAAUUCUGCUCGCGGAGGGAUUUUACACCACCAGUGCUGUGAAGGAGCUCCACAGUGAAUUCAAGACCACCAUCUGUGGACGCUGCAUAAGUGGAAUGUUUGUAUUCCUCACAUACAUCCUUGGCAUUGCAUGGUUGGGUGUGUUCGGCUUCUCUGCGGUUCCUGUGUUCCUGUUUUACAACAUGUGGUCAACUUGCGCUGCCAUGCGCUCACCGGUGGCCAACCUCACGUCCAUCGAGACAAUCUGUGUGGAUGUGCGUCAAUACGGGAUUAUUCCAUGGAAUGCAACACCGGGAAAAGCAUGCGGCUCAACACUUGAAGAUAUUUGCAACACCAGUGAGUUCUACCUGUCGUAUCAUCUAUAUAUUGUUGCCUGUGCUGGAGCCGGAGCUACAGUCAUCGCUCUGAUCCAUUACCUCAUGAUCCUCUCGGCAAACUGGGCGUAUCUGAAGGACGCCAGUCACCUGCACGCCUACCAGGACAUUAAAAUGAAGGAAGAGCGAGAACUGCAGGACAUCCAGUCACACUCCAAAGAAUGCCUCAAUUCAUACUCGUAAGAAUGUCCCUCACGGGGGUCAAGAGGUCAAACCAGGGACACAACGACACACACUAACCAGCUCUAACACACUAAUGCAUCUACUGCUUUCUUUGUCAACUAACAUGCAAUUUGUGGGGACUUUGUUUGUAUUCUAUGUUCUUUACGUUUUAUAUACAUUUUCUUUGUCCUUUUGUCGCCCGUAAAAGUGUGAAACGUUGCACUAUUCAAAAUAAAUAGUUUUGUGAUCAGUAUUUUUGUGUCUUCAGGUAAUAAAUAUCUAAACAUCUUUAACCCUCUGAGACCCAGCGUAGAAGAAUUGCAACGUUUGUUUACAUCAAUUAAAUAGUACCUUUUUUUUUUAAAUAAAAAAUUCAGAGCUGUCGUUCUGAAUUGUAUCACAACAACAGUUUUAGUGGGAAAAAAACUGCAAAUUGAAUGUCACAGUUUGCUAAGGUCACGCAAAAUUCUCCCCCGAAACAAAAUAUGCCUAAAAAUCGAAAAUUUUAUAAUCGGUGGCUUCUUUAAAACACGAUCAAGGAGGAAAAUAAACAAAAUACGAUCAGUCUCUAUGCUUGGGUCUCUGAGGGUUUAUUUGGUAUUUUACCAAAUUGGCAAAUAAUGUAUUUCUUGUUUUAAGCUUAAAUGUUACAAAAUUAAUUGAGAUUUUUGCUAAAAAAAAAAAAAAAAAUUAUGAUAAUAAAAACCCCACUUCUGAAUCGCUUUUGAUUCAAGAUCUUUUUCUAGAUGUACUACGUCUUGCACAGUUUUGCUUCUCAAGUAAAUGUAUCUUGUUUUAAGGAUGUUUAGAUAUUUUGUUUACUAAAAAAAAGAAAAUACUGAAGAAACAAUGCUGUGAAAAAUUAAGAGCGUUCAUUAAAGAAACUGCCCUCAAAUGACAAUAAAAAAAAAAAAAAAAAGCAAAUCGGAUUCUCUUCAUACCAUGAUGUGAUUUGCCUUAAAAGAUGGAAAAUAUUUUUAUUUAUUUUUUAUUUCAUGUUGGCUUGAGUGCAAGUGAUGGCUAUAAACAAAGUCCACUAUUUUUGCAUCCUCUUAAAUUUGGAAAUAUUUAGCUUAAUUUUUUGUCAUACUAUUUCAAGAAAUAUAAUCACAGAUUAUUCUGCAGUUAUUAUAAUGUGAAUAUUGUAUGACAUGAAUUUGAUUAGACUGUACAGCUGGUUUCUAUUGUUGAAAAGCAUGCAAAUGUUUCUAUGCAGUGACCUAAAAUGACCUUCGGUAGGCACAUGGUUUUUACCCUAUACCUCUCAUUUACCACUAUGUGUUUUCAUAUAGCCCAUAACUAGUAUUAUUUACAGUGGCUCCAAAAAUCAUUUUCCCCCUUCAUUUAAACCUGAAAAAAGAUUCUGAAAAACUUAAAGUGCUAUAAAAUUAAGAAAUAUUUCAGAUUUGGGACUAUUUGUAGGUCCAAACACUAAGAAAUAGUAUUUCUGUUAAAUGACAAUUUUCACUCAAAUGUUAUGUUGAUAUAUGUAGUGAAAAUGUUUUGUAUUAAAUUAGAAAAGAGUGACUACUGCUCUCAGACAUUGGCUGAGUUUUGGCAUUGCAUACUAGUAAUAACCAUUCUCGAUUUCUGCCAUAUCUUUAAACGGCACGAAUAGUAAAAGUUGUACGAUAGUAUGCUAUUCCAAACUCUGCCUUAUCUUCAUUGUCUUGAAAUGUCACAAUGCAAAAUUAUAUCUCAAAUAUCUUAAACAAGUUUCCUUCUCAGAAGAGGAGUUUGACACUAUGCAGAAGCACAAUUUGAUUUCCAUUGAUAAUUUUACUUGUAACAAACUCUAGAGUAAAGUGUAAAGUGUACUGUAGAGGCUCAUCUCGCCUCUUUUGUCAUCUUUUUGUUUUUCUUUGUAUUAUUCUUCUUUCCCAGCAGGUAUAAAUUGCACCAAUGUGAAUGCAAAGUGGAACUAAAUGUGUUUUUUGUAUGUUUGUUUUGGCGAUGUAUCACAACAAACAUCAAAAUGUGCAAUUGUAAAUACUGACAAAAAUUGCCGUCCUGUUUCAUAAUAGGUUGAAGACAUUAUUAUAAUGUUUGACCACUUUUAAUGAAGGAUAUAUCUGUGGUAAUACAGCUGUGAUCAUUUGUACUGACCAAUAUUGUAGGCAUCAUUUGCCUGGCUUUUAUAUAUAAUGUGUGGUUAGUGUUUUAUAUUUUUAUUAGAAUUUGUUUAGUUCGAGUUUUGUGUUCAUUGCUAUGUAUUAACAUACAGUGCAUUCAGAAAGUAUUCAGACCCCUUAAUUUCUUUCACAUUUUGUUUUGUUGCAGCUUUAUGCUAAAAUGCUUUAAAUUAUUAUUUUUUCAAAUCAAUCUACACUCCAUACCCCAUAAUGACAAAGAAGAAACCAGAUUUUUUGAUAACUCUGCAAAUGUAUAAAAAACAAACAAAAAACAACUGAAAUAUCACAUUGACAUAAGCAUUAAGACCCUUAACUCAGUAUUUAGUUGAAGCACCUUUGGCAGCGAUUACAGCCUCAAGUCUAUUUUGAGAACGAUGGGACAAGCUUUGCACUCCUGGAUUUGGGGAUUUUCUGCCAUUCUUCUCUGCAGAUCCUCUCAAGCUCUGUCAGGUUGGAUGGGGACUGUCAGUGGACAGCCAUUUUCAGGUCUCUCCAGAGAUGUUCGAUUGGGUUCAGUCCGGAGCUCUGGCUGGGCCACUCAAGGACAUUCACAGAGUUGUCCCUAAGCCGCUCUUGUGUUGUCUUGGCUGUGUGUUUAGGGUCAUUGUCCUGUUGUAAGGUGAACCUUCAGCCCAGUCUGAGGUCCUGAGCGCUCUAGACCAGGUGUUCAUUAAGGAUAUCUCUGUAUUUUGCUAUGUUCAGCUUUCCUUCAACCCUGACCAGUCCCCCAGUCCCUGCCGCUGAAAAACUCCCCCACAGCAUGAUGCUGCCACCACCAUGCUUCACUGUUGGGAUGGUAUUGCACAAGUGAUGAGCGAUGCCUGGUUUCCUCCAGACAUGGUGCUUGGAAUUGAGACCAAACAGUUCAAUCUUUGUUUUAUCAGACCAGAGAAUCUUGUUUCUUACAUUCUGAGAGUCCUUUAGGUGCUUUUUUGCUUUCUUGCACUGAGGAGAGACUUCCGUCUGGCCACUCUGCCAUAAAGCCCAGAUCGGUGGAGUGUUGCAGAGAUGGUUGUCCUUCUGCAAGUUUCUCCCAUCUCCACACAUGAUCUCUGGAGCUCAAUCAGAGUGACCAUCGGGUUCUUGGUCACUUCUCUUACCAAGACCCUUCUCCCCCGAUUGCUCAGUUUGGCCGGGCGGCCAGCUCUAGGAAGAGUCCUGGUUGUUCCAACCUUCCUCCAUUUAAGAAUUAUAGAGGCCACUGUGCUCUUGGGAAGCCGAAAUAUUUUUGUAGCCUUCCCCAGAUAUGUGCCUCGACACAAUCCUCUCUCUGAGCUCUGCAGCAACUCAGCAAAAAAAGAAACGUCCUCACACUUUCAAGUGCUUUUAUUUUCAGCAAACUUAAUGUGUAAAUAUUUGUAUGAACAUAAAAAGAUUCAACAACUAAGACAUAAACUGAACAAGUUUCACAGACAUGUGACUAGCAGAAAUGGAAUAAUGUGUCCCUGAACAAAGGGGAGGUCAAAAUCAAAAGUAACGGUCAGUAUCUGGUGUGGCCACCAGCUGCAUUAAGUACUGCAGUGCAUCUCCUCCUCAUGGACUGCACCAGAUUUGCCAGUUCUUGCUGUGAGAUGUUACCCCACUCUUUCACCAAGGCACUUGCAAGUUCCUGGACAUUUCUGGGGGGAAUGGCCCUAGCCCUCACCCUCCAAUCCAACAGGUCCCAGAUGUGCUCAAUGGGAUUUAUAUCCGGGGUCUUCACUGGCCAUGGCAGAACACUGACAUCCUGUCUUGCAGGAAAUCAUGCACAGAACAAGGAGUAUGGUUGGUGGCAUUGUCAUGCUGGAGGGUCAUGUCAGGAUGCACAUGCAGGAAGGGUAUCACAUGAGGGAGGAUGUCUUCCCUGUAAUGCACAGCGUUGAGAUUGCCUGCAGUGACAACAAGCUCAGUCCGAUGAUGCUGUGACACAUCGCCCCAGACCACGACGGACCCUCCACCUCCAAAUCGAUCCCACUCCAGAGUACAGGCCUCGGUGUAACGCUCAUUCCUUCGAUAAACUCGAGUCCGACCAUCACCCCUGGUGAGACAAAACCGCGACUCGUCAGUGAAGAGCACUUUUUGCCAGUCCUGUCUGGUCCAGUGAAGGUGGGUUUGUGCCCAUAGGCGACAUUGUUGCCGGUGAUGUCUGGUAAGGACCUGCCUUACAACAGGCCUACAAACCCUCAGUCCAGCCUCUCUCAGCCUAUUGCAGACAGUCUGAGCACUGAUGGAGGGAUUGUGCAUUCCUGGUGUAACUCGGGCAGUUGUUGUUGCCAUACUGUACCUGUCCCGCAGGUGUGAUAUUCAGAUGUACCGAUCCUGUGCAGGUGUUGUUACACGUGGUCUGCCACUACGAGGACGAUCAGCUGUCCUUCCUGUCUCCCUGUAGUGCUGUCUUAGGUGUCUCACAGUACAGACAUUGCAAUUUAUUGCCCUGGCCACAUCUGCAGUCCUCAUGCCUCCAUGCAGCAUGCCUAAGGCACGUUCACGCAGAUGAGCAGGAACCAUGGGCAUCUUUCUUAUGGUGUUUUUCAGAGUCAGUAGAAAGGUCUCUUUAGUGUCCUAAGUUUUAACUGUGACAUUAAUUGCCUACCGUCUGUAAGCUGUUAGUGUCUUAACGACCGUUCCACAGGUGCAUGUUCAUUAAUUAUUUAUGGUUAAUUGAACAAGCAUGGAAAACAUUGUUUAAACCCUUUACUAUAAAGAUCUGUAAAGUUAUUUGGAUUUGUACAAAAUUAUCUUUAAAUUAUCUACAGUGUCCUGAAAAAGGGACGUUUCUUUUUUUAAAUUUUUUUUUGUUUUUUUUUUUGUUGAGUUUUUGACCUCAUGGCUUGGGUUUUGCUCUGAUAUGCAUUUUCAGCUGUGAGACCUUAUAUAGACAGGCCUUUUCAGAUCAUAUCCAUUCAGUUGAAUUUGCCACAGGUGGACUUCAAUCAAAGUGUAGAAACAUCUCAAAGAUGAUCCAGAGAAAUGGGAUGCACCUAGUGUCAUAGCAAAGGGUCUGAACACUUAUUAAAAAACAAAUGUAUUAAAAAUAAAAAAAAUGAAAUACCACAUUGACGGUAUUUCAUUUUUUAUUUUUAUUUUUAAUAAAUCUGCAAAGUUAUCAAAAAUCUGGUGUUUGCUUUGUCAUUUAGGGGGAAUGGAGUGUAGAUUGAUGUGAAAAUAAUUAUUUAAAGCAUUUUAUCAUGAGGCUGCAGCAUAACAAAAAGGGUUCUGAAUACUUUCUGAAUGCACUGUAUGUGAAUUAUAUAUGAUGCCACUUUUGUAACCUAAUAGUAUACUGUAAUUUUUAAUUCAUUUUAGGGGAUUCCCUUUAUUUUUACGUAAACUAUUAUAAGAAUAAAAAAAGUUAAAAAAAGAAAGAAAAAAAGCUUUUUUUUUUUCCUACAAGAUGAAAACCGAUGUCUGACAGUGAGCAUAUUCUGCACAAACCUUUUUAUAAUUCAUAACUCUCUUUUAUAAACCUCAAUCAUUUAUUAGAUAAUGAUUUUUAUUUAUUUUUAUUUUUAUUAAUAGACCAAAAUGUAUUUACAUAUGAAUACUGCAUGUUUUUCCCCAAGGCUUUAAAAACUGGUAAUAUUCACCAGUGACGACCAUUGGAAUUCACUCGAAGUGGAUGUAGAAUCAGAUUUAUUUUAUCUGCUCAAAACUAAUAAUUUUAUGAUCAGCUACACUGUACAUGUAUUCAGUUCUUUGUAAAAAAAUAAAAUAAAAUACAAAAAUA